CUGCUGGUGUGGUUCUGCCAUUCAGCGCUACUUGCACAGGCACCAAGUGUACCUUCUGCACAGCUCCUCUGUCCCCUCCUGCACAGCCCCUCUGCCCCAUGCUGCCUGUCCUCCCCCACGCUGCCUCUGACGUGUUGGGCUCCAGCACUGCUUAUGCACGCACCACACAUGCCUGGGCACAAGCUCACUGCAUGUGAGCCUGUCAGCUCUGCUGCUUGUGCUGAACACCUCCUCCAAGAAUGCUGCUUUAGCUGAAGGAUUUGGGAAGCUCUUGUUCGUACCAAAUGGGGUAGAGAGAAGGGAAACCCAGUGUACACCCCCUCCGUAAUCCAAAAGUGAAGCAGAUCCCAUUGGGCUGAAAGUACAGUACUAGCAUGAAUAUUGUUCACAGCCAUCUCCUGCUGAGGUAGGUGUCUCAGAGUCUGUCUGCAAGAACAUGCCCUAAAUAAGCUGUACUCAAUCCUUGGGAGUUUUGAACAUCUUUUGUGGUGAUGGGUGGUGUUGAAGGACAUUUUCCUCUGAAUGGAGUCAUGAAGCAGCAAUGUCAUACACUCAAGAGUCAUAUAUUAAUUUAAGAAACACUAUUCACCCCCAUGCCAUGGAUCAUGGCUUCAACCAAAGCCCUGUAAACAUCAAAUCCUCCAUCAGGCAUUGUUCAUCCCUGGGAGUACAAUAUUUGCUACUUGGUUGCUGCAGUUGGAUUCACUGCAGCAGUAGCAGAGUCCCAAGGUUGAGUCCUGUUGCCACUGUGGCUGGGCUGAACAGCUACAUGUGCAUCUCCUGCUCCUGCUCCUGGAAGUGCACACACUGGGAAGCACAAAGGAAGCUGGGCCCAUGGCCCCUUGCCAUCACCAGUAAGUCUACCCCUGGGUGGAUCAGCCCUUCUGGUUAAACGGGUCACUGCCCUUCCUCUUUGGGCCUUCCCCAUCAUCACCGAACGAGACUGCCACCGAGAUGAGUCAAACCGUCAGACAACAUCUGCACCCUCCACACAGCACGUCCAUGCGCUUGGAUAGUUCAGCUGGUGGGCUCAGCCCAGUUUCUUUGCUCAGCGGAAGCAAAGAAACCCUGGUUGACUGGGGGGCGUCUGGUAGCUGAACCUUUUCAGUGUCCCAAGCGCAGCUGGGUGAUCUGGUUCAUUUUUGACUGAUCCCAGAAGGUAGACAAGGCCUAUGAAGACAGCAGUGAGAGGAAGUUUGGCCUUGAAUGGAUGGUACUCUACCAGGGUUUGAGAUCUGCUGACCUGGAGACUCUUGUAUAACUCCAUCCCCUCAUCAUCAGCUCUGGAUCUGAAAAGGUGCCUGAGAAAACAGCUUCAUUAGUAACCCUGAAGCACUCACUCAGUGCUGAAGUGCCAAGCAUUAGAGAGAGUCCGUGAAGAAAAGGAAAAGCAGGAUGUUGGAGCACGCUGACUGCAGGACAAGAUUAAGUUUCCGGCCACGUGACUUUCAGCUUACAUCCUGAGGUUCUGAGAAACCACAGGAGGCUGAGACCUAAAGGGAAGGUGCAGAGGCUCUGAGAGGAGAGGCAGCGAAAGUGUUGGACUGCUGGGCAGGAGGACAGAGAGCUUCUGGGACGGGUAAGAGUAGGAAGCCAAGGGCCACAUCAGAGGUGACAGAGGAGGGCAGAGGAGAGGCAGAGAAGCAAGACAGAAAGCAGGCACACCAAGAGCACAAAGGAAGCUGAAGAGACCCUGGGAGCCAGAAGCAGCAGCUAUGCCCCACAGCUCUGACAGCAGUGAUUCCAGCAGCUUCAGCCAGUCUCCCCCUCCCAGCAAGCAGGACUCUUCUGAUGACAUGAGGAAAGUCCAAAGGAGGGAGAAGAAUCGCAUUGCUGCCCAGAAGAGCCGCCUGAGGCAGACCCAGAAAGCAGACACACUGCACUUGGAGAGUGAAGACUUGGAGAGACAGAAUGCUGCCCUGCGCCGGGAGAUCAAGCAGCUGACAGAGGAAAUGAAGCACUUCACCUCGAUGCUGAGCUCCCAUGAACCGCUCUGCUCCAUCCUGACAUCCCCUCCACCGCCUCCAGAAGUGCUUUAUGCCACACACUCGUUUCACCAACCCCACAUUAGCUCCCCACGCUUCCAGCACUGAGCCAGCCAGCAGGAGAGCAGCCUGCCAGCUCCACUGACAACAAGAAGUAACUUUGUGGGGCUUGCUUUCCCAUCCAAGGGAAAGAACUGGACAGACGGACAUUCCUUCUUAAAGUAUGUAUUCUGAGUGAUUUGCCUAAGACUUGCUCCCAAUGCAGAAAUGGCAGAGCCACCAUGAGGCAUCUUUGGACAGUUUCCAGCUUGGAUUCUGGGAGGAAGAGGCAGACACAAAAGGGCACCAACCCCCUUCUCUGGUCCUUGUCUGGGGAGACUCACAGGAGUGUGCAGUACUGGCAGCCUCCAUAAGAGCAGCUGGCCAUGGCAUGCAACAGCCAGACCUCCAGGAAGAGGAAAGGGAGCAGGGGUGGAGGGGAAGAUUGGGGACCACAGAGUGUCAGGG